AAUAUAAUAUUACAAGUUUGGCUUCGACAUUUUUCUGUUUCGUUUCGUUACCGUUUUUUUUUUUUUUUUAAUUUGUCAGAAAAAGCGCUAUAAGAACUUAUAAGAACACUUUGUCUGCGUUUCUCGUCUUUUUUUUUUAUAUUGCCCAUAAACUUGAGUUAUCAAACCAGUAUUAUAUAUAAGAUACUUGGCUUGGCGUAUCUAAAAAAAAUUACCAAGUGCAAAAAGAAAAGAGUCUGCAGCCAAGCCGGCAUACGAUGCCCACCCCACUGCAACAGCUUGGACUAUCGUACGAUGCCGAAUGCGGAAGCAGUUCGGAAAGUGAGAGCCAUACUCCGAACCAUGCCCCUCACAAUCAGCAUCAUCAUCUGCAGCAACAACGCGAACGAGAGCGGGAGAGAGAAAGAGAGCGCGAACGCGAACAUCUCCAUCAACUGCAGUCAAUCAGCAGCUUACUUCUAGAUCUUCCUCCGGUGCCUUCCAGCCCCUAUCUGGCUGCUCAUGCCCGUGACGGAUCUCACGGCUCCUGUCUGCAGACUCCCAGAGGCUCUCUCUCCGACGGCGACAUGUCGAUCUCGGAUUUGUUCGGCCUUGGAUUACCUAGAGGUUCCUUGAUGGGGAGCACCGGCAACGGCGGCGGGCCCAGCGGAGCAGUGCAAACGGGAAUUGGAUCACCCGGAGGAUAUCGCGCUCAUCAACAAUACCACAAUACUUCAUCACUCCGCAACCAGUCUGCGCAACACAUUUAUCAGUAUGAAGACAGCCAUGGAUGCUACCCAACUACCCUCUCGCUUGAUAUGCCAAGCUCUCCAACUUCCGUGACCACUCCGGGCAGCCCCAGCACACCUGGCAGUGUUUAUUCCAAUCCCUACACUUACGCAACCGCUGCGAGCAGUGGCGCUGGGACAAAUCCUGCAUCGUCGAGCAGUCGUAUGCAGCUGCAACAGAUUGGUUCUCCUUCAUCUCCUAUGCACUCACAGUAUUAUGGAAGGCCAAUACGUGGUUCGCCCUCCUACAGUGACUGUGGAAGUCCAACUUUAGAAUAUACUCCCGUUAUGGGAUGUAGCGGCUCUCGUUCGAAUUCGCCGGCAGAUUCUGAAACUAGUGGUGUAAGCAGUAUGGAUGGAUCACUGUCUGACAUUAUGAAUUGCAUAUCCCUGAACCCCGGCUCUCAGCCCUGUUACCCGCAAGCAUUGAGUUCUUUGAUGUCACCUGAACCAGAUCUGUGCUCGAGUAACAGGACAGCUGCCUUACAGCGAAUGGCUGCAAAAAAGUAUUUGUCAUCACCGCGUCAACAGCAACAGCAAUCGGCUCUUAAUAAUCAUUUUUCUCAUAACCAUAUUCGUAAUCAUCAGUACAUACAAAAUCAGAACAGAAAUUAUUUGAGCUCACUUUUGAGCUCUGAAAAAAACUGCUGUCCAGUUGGUAACUCACACAUAAUGCCGAUAAGUAGCUCGUCUUCUAAUGCCUUGGACCAGCAAACAUCGCUUGAUUUGGCUGCAGGAUUUCAUCGCAUUGCUGCUUCACUUUAUGAUGCAACAUGUACCUGGAGUGGUCUGUUGCCUCAACGCACUCAGAAACCGCUUGGUUAUUCCUCAAAAGUGUUCCUAGGUGGAGUUCCGUGGGAUAUUACAGAGUCUCUGCUAAUUUCAACUUUCAAACAGUUUGGUCAAAUUCGCGUUGAGUGGCCAGGCAAAGAACCAUCCGUAUCUCAACCCAAAGGAUAUGUCUACAUCAUAUUUGAGUCUGAAAAGCAGGUCAAAGCUCUCCUGGCCUCCUGCACCCACGACUUUACAAAUGGAGGCAGUUGGUAUUAUAAGAUAUCGUCGAAACGCACAAAGGGAAAGGAGGUCCAGGUUAUUCCUUGGGUAUUGAAUGACAGCAACUAUGUGAAGUCCUCCUCUCAAAAAUUGGAUCCACAGAAAACUGUCUUUGUUGGAGCACUUCAUGGUAUGUUGACUGCAGAAGGGCUUGCUAAAAUCAUGGACGACCUCUUUGAGGAAGUGAUCUACGCAGGCAUUGACACCGAUAAAUACAAGUAUCCAAUUGGGUCUGCUAGAGUAACGUUCAGCAGUUCACGGUCUUACUUCAAAGCUAUCACUGCUGCCUUUGUAGAAAUAAAAACUGCGAAGUUUACCAAGAAGGUUCAAGUUGAUCCCUAUCUUGAGGAUUCGUUGUGUUCAGGCUGCUCAGUUCAACAGGGACCAUAUUUUUGUCGUGAAUUUGUUUGUUUCAGAUACUUCUGCCGAAGCUGUUGGCAGUGGCAGCACUCUAUGGAGUCGAUGUGGCAUCAUAAACCACGUAUGCGCAGCUCCAAGACCAAUCAGGUUGUAGGACUCACCCCAGGUGUUGGAAUAAAGAUCCCAGGUCUUCGCAAUCCGAGCAGCCCUAAUAUUUAAUAGCAAUCCCGCAACACAUAUUUAGAUCAGCUUCCAUGUUCAAUUUUAUUUACGUAUAUCCUUUCUUCACUUUUUUUCCACUCUAUGGACUAGAGUUAUUCGAACGGACAUAAUUGUGCCGAUUAUUUUCAAAAUGGUGCAAAUUCAGUUUUACUGCAGGGCUGCGGGCAGCUGGUCUGACCAAGUGACAUGGCAGACACCAGCUGAUUGGCUUAAUGAUUAGUUUGUUGAUAUUAUUGUAAUGUUCAAGCAAUCGAUAUUUGUAACGAGUAACGUUCAAGUUCCUAUCUAAAAUGCUCGAUAAUUAUCGUGCAUUUAUUUGUUGAAACGGAUAAUUUUUAUUUAGUAUGUUUAUUUAGAGACUGGUUCUCUUAUCAACAUUUUAACCGAGAGUAUCGAAAAUACGAUAUUACUAGAUUCUGUCAUAAUGAUGUUACGCCGCUGUCGUUUCAAAUGCGGGCCCUGAAAUGUUUUAGUGACAAUAUUUUUUAUAAGAUAGAAUGAUGAUCUCGUGGAUUAACGAACAACUGAUUAUUGUGAUAGUUAAUCAACUUAUUAGCGCAAUUGUUAAUUUCUCAAAUUUUUAUGAAAUCACAAAAAAUGCUGUUACGCGAUAUUAUGAUUGAUUAUUCUUUUAAUGAGACUUACAUUAAUGGACAAGCACCGUUGUUAAUUGUUCUGCUAUGCACUGAAAUACCAGAGCUAAGUUAGUUGUUGAGAUAUAGCGGCCACGUACGUAUAUAAAAUAGUAUAAAUAUGCUAUGCUAUUUCUUGUUACGGCCAAGGCCCACAAUACGUUUUUCUAAUUGCAAUAAUUUAUAAUAUUAUUGCUUUCUGUUAUAGUUUUACAUUAGAUUGUACAGUGUAGGGGUGAGAUGUAGUUACACCCACUGUAGCCAUAAAUUAUGUUGUUAAUUAGAGCCGAAACUGCUUGCCAGUGCUCAUUGGACUGUUUAAUCGUUGACGAAAUGGAAAAGUACACGGUCUACGAUUCUGGAGCGGAUUGUAGUGAAUUGAUUCAGUUUUUAUUUUUUGUUAAAUUCAUAUUAUCUUGCCUUUUUUUUUGCAAAGAGAUCUUUCAACUCAUGUUUCAAAUGUUUUGAUACGAUUUUGUUACCUAAAUGUAUUAAAUUCAUAUUUUGCAGAUAUUUAUUUAUUCCUAAUUUCCAAACUUCAUGGUAUCCUUUUCAUAAUGGUG